AAGAAGAAAAAGAAGAAGAAGAAAAGGUGGAGAAGGGGAGGGGAAAAAAGUGCAAUAGUAACUUGAAGGCAGAUACUUUGAAAAUUCGUCAGUGAGCCUGUUUUUGCAACGUGUGGAAUUUUGGAACUUUGUGAAUUUGAGCAACCACUGAUCUACCUCCUUGUGCCACUAAAGUGAUUUCUUGCCAGUUCUGUCAGGCACAUCUGAACAGAGGCACCUGACUUUCCCCAAGUUAUGUACCAACGCUUUUCAAGCAUGCUGUUUGGAGAGAUUGAUGGUGCUGAACGUGAAAGUCAGGAGCUAGAAAUUAGCGAAAAAGAAGAUGAAGAAUGGAUUCUUGUUGAUUAUAUAGAUACUUGCACUAACUGCUCCAGAGAAGAAACAGAUGGCAUGGACAGGGCAACCUCUCCAAAUUCAGCCAUGUUCUCCUCUUCAACCUCUUCUCUUGAGUUGCUUGGUAAUAGUAGUGACCCCUGCUUUCUUCAGCUUGACUCCUGUGCUCUGGAGGAGAGCUGGUUCAUUACCCCUCCCCCCUGUUUCACCGCAGGAGGCCAGGCCCCAGUACAGGUGGAGAUGAGCCCAAUGGAAAACCUUCUUAUUGAACACCCCAGCAUGUCUGUCUAUACUGUGCACAAUAUCCACAGCAGCUUGAGAGAGAACAGCAGGUCUGUUGAAUAUGAAAAUCCGACUGUCAGAACAGAAUCACCAGCCAGGGUGAGCCACCAUAUUCGUUGUUAUGCAGCUGCUCUUGCCGCUCACACUAGUUUCCUGGAACAAGCCAAUCAGAUCCGUCACAGUCAGCGUGCAAAAGAGCACCUCGAAAAGCACCUCUUAAACCGCAACAACAUUCGCCGCCAAAACCUUAUCAGGGAGUCCAGCUCUCGACAAACCAAGCACAGCGGACACGUUCUACACCAGCCUUGCCAGCGCCAGUAUAAUUAAUUGUCAAAUCAUUUUAGUGUUCUGAAUAGGAUUCUUGAUGUAAAUGCAGUACAUCUUUGUAACUCUUUUUAGGGCUCCUUAUUUAAAGUCAUGGAUCAUUAACCAUCUGGAAUAAGUAUUUUAAGGUUUCUAUUCUAUAUUCUGGGUGCUUUAAAAAUCCUGAACUCAAUAUCACCAAAUGCCUUGUUUCUAAAUGAUAGGAUUUUACUGUAAAAUCUUUUUUAAAACUGUUUGGAAUUUGUUAAAACUUGUAUAGGGUUAUGCUUGUUAAAAUGGCCAUCUCAGAUGAAGAUUCAUUAUGUGUGUGUUGUGUGUGUAUUCUGAAAUUAAGCUGUAUUACAAAAAAUGUGUGCUGUGAACAGAAUUGUUACAAUUGCUGUCCGGGAGAUGGAAAACAUCUUUUCACCUGUGAUUGUUUUGUAAAAUGAAACCCAUCCUAAUUCACAACACAGAUUCUCAGGGACAAUACAGUCUAGAUGCACAGUUUUUGUUUCUAAACGUCCAUAUGUGACCGCAAGGAAGCCCUAUAAAAAAAAAUGUACAAUACUUUUUACAAAUGUGUAAUUUGGUAGUGUUUAUAUAGUUAAAUAGUUACAAUUGAUACAGUAUAUUUGUACAUAGUCAAGCUCAGGGGCCACUUACACGACCUUUCUAGCUAAUGCUUGCCCUGUUACCAGUUCUCUACUUUGUCCCUCUUUGGAUGUGUUAUGUUUCGCAAACGCAUUUUGAUGAAGGGAAAUACCUCAAUCCUGUGCAUUUAUAUGAAGGAUGACUUUUAUUUCCUUUUUUAAUGCAUUAUAUUGCCUAUGGAAUCUUAUCACAGUACAGCCAACCUGUCUUCACUAUCAGUUAAAAUGCCCCAUGUUAAUUCUGCCUUCAUUUCUGCCCCGUUUUCUGAAUGGCUCCUUCAACAAUAAUGGGCAUUUGUGGCCGAUGGACAAGUGCAGAUUCUGACAGUAAUUGCCCCGAGUGUAUUUUUAUAAUUUAGGUUUGUUCUUUUAAUUUUAAGAUUUGCUUUAAUGUGCAACAUUAAAAGGUAGGUUAGGGAAAAAAAUGUGAAAUUAUCAUUCUGGAGCCUGUAUACUGUUACUCUGUUGUUCAUUUGACCAAACCAGAUUUUACUUUUGUAGGAAUUUUGUAGAAUUAAGGAAAUGCAUUUCAAUAUAGAAACAAAUACCUGUAGCUCCUUUUUAAAUGGCCAGUGGAUUCAAAUUCAGAAAUAUUUAAUUUUGUAUGUAGAACAUUGAUUUUGUAUGUAGCAACUAAACCCGACUCUCUGUCAGAGUAAAUAUUGUAAAAAUAUAUAAUCCUUGCAUUUGAUAUAGCGCCUUAUCACGUUGAAACGUCUCCAAGUGCUUCACAGUGUUUCACUGUGAAGUGCAGUGACUUUAUUUGUAAGCGAACAUUCGCCUUGAAUAUGUUAACAGAUUACCUGCCCCAUCUCAGGAUUUUUAGAAAAUCUAUAAAUAGUUCAUCAUACAUCACCUUUUCCAUAGCAUACCGAUUGAAUUCCCAAAUCAAUGCUAUCAUUGAUGUCAUGUAAAUAGCCUCCUUUAAUGCCCUUGGGUUGUUUGGGAAACUGUGAGUUGAUAUCCCAGAUCAUCUCCGAAGACACCUGUUGAACUGUAUAAAUAAAACACUGCAAAAGAAAUCUUGUUUUUUUUUCUUUUGCAUGAUAAUGUUGAAUAUUUACCGCUAAUAAUAUUAUGGUGAAACCUAAUUGGAACUUUAUCCAUGAUGAAAUGUAUAGAAAGAUUUUCUGCUGCCUGGAAAAUGAAAUUUUACUGUGGUUAACUGACAGUAUAAUCAACUUGUAUUUUAACUAAAACAAUUUACUGUUCACCAUUGUAUGUAGAUUGAUUAUUUUGUUGACUGAGUUAUGCCAGAGCAUUUCUGCACAUUGGUGCUGUAAGGUCUGAUUGUGGUGGUGGCAGGGAGCAGUUAAAACAAAGGACAAAUCCCUCUCAAAUUUUUGAACAAAACUUGUACAUGUUGUAAUAGUUUGUUUUGUACAAAAUUAUUAAACUGUAGUUUAGAUUACUGAAUAUUUCAUACAGGGAUUCAUGUUGGUUAUGUUAAUUAUGUGCCUUCCAGUGCAACUUGGUUUGUGAACAACAUUCAUUGGUGAUGCAAAAGAAGAAUUUGAAGGUAUGAAAGAUGAUAUGUAAAUAUAGGAAACCAAUCCAACUAUGCAUAGAAGGCAGCUUGCUUUGAGAGUUACUUUGUAUAGUCUUCUAUUGAAAUGUACCAGAUAUUGGGCAUGAAAGCCUGAAAAUUGUGUAAACACAUUUUGGGACUUGGGGGUCACUCGGUUGACUUGCAUCAUAAUCCAGGUUACAGAAUAAAUACAGCACUUUGCCAAAUAAGUGUGUCAACUUUAUAGAUGUAGCAAUAGUAGAUGUAAUGUUAUUUACUAAUUUAGGUCAUUGGUAUUUAUAAGAGUGCAUAUGAAAGGUUAUGUUGUGCAGUUUGCACUGUGAAAAUGUUCUUUUAAAAUGAUGGGUAUUUUAAAACAAGUUGUAUGUACUUUCAAGUAGCCGAAAUGUGUGUUGUUUUGAACUAAUUGUUGCUUAUUGAUUUCCUGUAUUAACUGUGGAUAUGUUUUAUUUGUCAAUAAAGAAUGAUCUGAUCUUGA